GUGACCAGCGCAGUCAUUUGACAGGACAAAAACACGGCAACCGUAGAGCCACAGAGACAGACACAGGAGACAUGGAGCAUCUUCAUGUUGACAGAGUGGGCCUCCUGUCUCCUCUGGAGGAGUCCAGCGCUGAGAUCAGCACCGACAGUGGCAUCGUGUCCCAGAGCGCCAGCAGUCUGUCCAUGGUCAGUGAAAUCCUCAGCAGCGGCACGGUGUCCCACAGCCCCAGCUUCGGUGCUCCGGCAGCUAAUAACGUUAUCAUCGCUCAGAGUCCAAGUUUCAAUGAAGCAGUCGAGUACGGGACAAGGAACCAACUAGAGCUGGAGGACGAGGAAGAGGGGCACGGGGACGAGGUGCUGAGGGACACGGCGCUCAGAUACUCGUCCUACAUCAGAGCGACAGCUGGAGAAGAGAUCCUGAGCCUGGAGAAGAGUCUGGAUGAAAUGCUGACCAGAGUGGAUGAGUUUGUUGGAAUGCUUGAUAUGAUUCGUAACGAUACGUCACAGAUAGUGAGUGAAAAUCUACCUCAAAUCCAGCAGAAGUCUGAGGAAAUGAGGCAUAUCUACAGGAGAAUUGACAAGUUGGAGGCCUUCGUGAAAAUGGUGGCAGCGAACGUCAACACCAUGGAGGAGCAGGUCACACUGGCAGAGGGAGAACUAGGAACACUGCCUGGUGCCUUCAAGAAGAUCCUGCGCACCAUGACUGUUCCAGGAUUCUUGAACAAACCGGCCAGUCCAAAGAGGCCGGCACCACAUCAGCGCCCAGAGAUCCCCAGUGUGUUCCGGACAGAUGAUUAUUUCACACCACAGCCGGAUCAGUGACAAGACGGAACGUCCAACACAAACAAAAAGUUUGGUUGUGACCUUAGAGGCCUGUGUGUUUGCCUGUGCGUGACUCCGUGGAGACAAGGAGACUUUUACUGCCAACCAUUGCAAGAAGAGUGGAUGUGUUGGUGGAGCAGCCUCGAAAAGCAAUAGUAGCCUUUGUGAACAUGUCACUGGACCUGAGAGUGUGAGUGUGUGCACGUGUGUGGAGACACUGCAGUUUUUCUGUGUCAAUUCUCCGGCAGCAACUAGCACUGAACUGUAGCAAAAAUGUGUUUUUUAAAAAAGUGCCUGAACAGGUCUAACAUUUUUCUCAGUCCUGUUUUCAGUUAUUCCUGAUGAAAACCAAGUCAGAAGCUCAGUGUAACCAGGCAAGAAGAUGCAAGAAGUCAUCCCACUGUACAGAUGCUGUAAAGAUUUGAGGAUAAAGGAUCAAGAGUAUAAUCCAAAUUUUUUAUGAACUUCAUUUUUGCUGUCAGUAUUUGUAAAAAGAACAAUUCUACGCUGUCAUAUAUUUGUCUGUCUUUGUAGCAUCUCAAGCUCAUUUUGAGCUGUGUUGAUCCUAUUAAUGUCUUCCAUUUCAAACAGUUAAAAUGUAAUUCUUUGAUGACAACUGCCACAUUGAUGUAGAGUUGCAUCUUUAAUGUUAAAAAAAGGAUGAAAACAAAGCACAUGACAGAUAGGGGUUUAUUAGUUUACAACUAGAGUGCGUGAUGAGUGAACUUUAGGCCGAUGUUCAGCUGUGAAGGAGUGGGUCUUACAACCAAAACUGCAAGAAAAUAUGAAACUCGAGCAACUGAGUUUAAAAAGAAAAAAAAAGAAAAAUUAUGUCUACAGUUAAAUUGUUAUGUCUACAGUUAAAGUUAGUACGAAGGUAAGAAAGAAGCGAAAAUAAAAAUAAAUCCAACUUACAUUUUAAAAUUUCUUAGCAAGUCAGAACUAUUCAGAACUAAUUUAAUUUCAAAUGUAAUCUUUAAGUUAUUAUCACAGACUUCUAUACUCAACAUGCAAAUGUGUCACUGCAAUCUCAAAUCUAUGGCUUUAACUUUGUAAUAUUUACUGUUAGAGUUUAGAAUUUGUACUUCUUUUGAUUUAAUGUCAGAAUCCGGACUUUUCUCAAUCCGAUUAUUGUCAGAAAUGACUGACAAAAAGGUAUUUGAUCCUUAUCACCUGUUGUAAAUGGCAUAUUUCUGUAGAUAAGCCAAUAACUAGUUCAUUUUUUGCUUCUGAUUUGAUUUCUUAUUUAAUUCAUACUUUGCCAAAUACUUUGUUAUGAUUUUUUUAAUUAAUUUCAUUUUGUUUAGGUUUUUAGGUAAUUCAAUAAAGAAAUUUUGCACUUUCU